AUGUCUCUCCCGACGGACACAAGCGUUACCAUCGUAGGAGCUGGGCCAAGUGGCAUGGCUUGUGCUUUAUCGCUCACUCAGCAGGGUGUCUCUGACAUCACCAUCGUGGAUGCCGUGCAGCAAGCAGAACAAAGCUCGCGUGCUUUGGUGAUCCAUGCCGCUACGUUGGAGGCUCUCGAUUUCAUUUCCGUCGCAGACGCAAUCAUCGAUCUCAGUAUCAAGGUCUCCGAGACGCACGUCUUCGACAGGAAGUCGCUGAUGGUGACUAUCGACUUCGAUACGCUGCGGCCGUACACGCGGUACCCCUUUAGCCUAUCGUACCGCAGCAUAUCACCGAGCGGAUACUAG